CGAUAUACUGCAGAGAAAAUAUUUAAAAACAAUUUUGUAAAUAAAACUCUGGAAAGCACAUUAAAAGUUUGCCAUGGGCGUGACUGUGCUACAACCGUAUCCUAUGCCCGAGGGUAAAUCUGGGGCUCAUAUCAUCGACUAUCUGAGCAAGCGUCUGCUGUCGCUUGGCGCUACGCAUGCCGGCCAAUUCCUUGUCGACUGCGAGACCUUCAUAUCGACGCCGCAGCCGCACAAUGGUACACCGGGGCGGGCGGUGCAUGUGCUGCACAACUCCGAGUAUCCCGCCUCGACAUUUUCAAUCAUCGACAGUGGGACGGGGAAGCAGGUCAGCCUGGUGGCCGACAGCAUAUUCGAUCUGCUGAUGCUUAAAAUGACCAACACAUUCACCUCCAAGAAGCAGACAAAGAUUGAGUCACGUGGCGCCCGGUUCGAGUACGGCGACUUUGUGAUCAAGCUCGGAUCCGUCACCAUGAUGGAGCACUUCAAGGGCAUCCUCAUCGAGAUCGAGUACAAGUCCUGCAUGAUACUGGCCUACUGCUGGGAGAUGAUACGCGAGAUGCUGCAGGGUUUCCUCAACAUCAAUGUGGGCAAGGACUUCCCCUCGUACUUUGCCACACAGACCAUCAUGACGGCCAUGGGCCAGCAGCAGAUGCAUGCCAAGCACAACGACAUGUACGAGCCCACGGACACGGUGAAGCAGUAUCUUGAGCAGUUCACCAACUACCGGAAGCAUGUGUCCAUGCAUGGCUCCAUCAGCGGCGGCAUACAAGGAGCACUGGGAGGACAGCAGCAACAACAGCAGCCCGUGCACAUGUCCCCCUCGCCGGUGAUGGGUGCGGCAGGGGGCCUGGGCAUGAAUCGACCCUGAUGCGAGGUCAAGCUGGAGCCGCCCGAUGCUCCUGCAGCGACACUGGAAACUGACUGAGCCGAUGGCCACUCGAUGCACGAUGCAUUGAACAGAUAGACAACUACUUAAUAAUGGUUUUAUUUGUAAUGUAUAUUUUUAACACAAUAGUUAUAUAUAUUAUAUAUAGAUGUGUAGGGUUGUGAGUGUGUUUCCUCUUUAUAUCCGUGUCUGUGUGUAAUCGUCUUAAAAAAAUAUAUAUAGCUGGAGUACAAAAAUUUCGAAUUUUUUCUCUUCAAUGUGGGGGGCUUUUGAUGGAUUUUCUUCCAUGAGUUUUUAGCUUUUCUUCUUUUUUUGUACAACAAAAAAAUGAUUAACCUGAUUUCGCAUCCAACUGUUAUACAACGAAAAACGAUAAAGGGAAGUGGUAGGGAAAGUGGAAACUUCUUAUAAUAUAAAAUGCAAUUACUCUUGUUUUGAAUUACAAAAAAAAAAA